GCAGGGCGGCGCUGACGUGGCGCCUGGUUACCGAGAUGGCGACGGCGGGGCCGCCGAGGCGGGACGCGGUCGUCCGCUGGCUGGCGUGCGGCCUGGGGCUGGCCCUGUCGGUCUACGCCUACCAUGUGGAGACGUCGAAGGAGCGGGACACGACCUACCGCGCCAUGUGCGACCUCAGCGACUCCAUCAGCUGCUCCAGGGUCUUCACCUCCCGGUGGGGGCGAGGUUUUGGACUGCUCGGUGGGAUCCUUGGGCAGGACAGUGUCUUCAACCAACCUAACAGUGUGUACGGGCUCCUGUUCUACGUCCUACAGUUGCUGCUCAGUCUGACGGCGAGCGCGACGGCUGCCGUGGUCCUACUGCUCACCUCCCUGCUCUCUCUGGCCGGCUCGCUCUACCUCGCCUACGUGCUGCUCUUCCUCUUGCGCGACCUGUGCCUCGUCUGCGUGACCACCUACGCGCUCAACCUCCUGCUCUUCGUCCUCAACUACAGGCGGCUGGUUCACCUCAACUCCCGUUGGCGGCAGGGCAAGGGCAAGCCCGAGUGACUGCGGUGAGGAGGGGUGGAGCAGUGGGGACCAGUGACGGGUAGGGGGGAGGAACAGGUCCCGGCGGGAGGGGGGACGAGCGUCGAUCAGCUGGAGCGGCCCAGGCAGUGUCCGUGCGGGUGAAAAGGGGACCUCUCCCCUCCAGGCCCCCGGGGUCAGGACUGGUGACAUUUUAUUUCAUUUUAUUAAAUGUCUGUCUGUGCCAAAUGAUCAUCAUACUGUAAUUUACAAACUGGCAACUAAUGGUCUGCUAAUGACAAUAAAGAACGCAUCCAUUUAUACA